CCCCAGCGGAAGGUGCGGGAGCUCGCCGCGCUCCGCGCCUCCUCCGGGGGCGGCGGCGGCCGCUUCCUCCCCGCCUUCUGCGUCGCCAUCACGCCUCUCUUCGACAUCGCCCGCCGAUUCGAGGGAUCCGACCGCGCCGCCCGCUUCGUUGCCGCCUUCGCGUCGGCGUCCGCCUCUGCGGCCGACGGUGGCGGGGACGGGUUCCUCGAGGGGUUCCUUCGAUUCCUCAUCGUCGCAUCCGCGGCCGCGCAUCGCCCCGCGCGCUUACGCGCAUGUCAAAUCAUCUCCGAGAUUAUAAUGCGGUUACCAGAUGAUGCUGAAGUAAGCGAUGAGAUUUGGGAUGAAGUGAUUGAUGGCAUGAAGGUUCGGGUUCAGGAUAAAAUCCCUGCGAUUCGUUCCUUUGCUGUGCGUGCAUUAUCCCGUUUUGCGGGUGAUGGAGAGGAUGGUGGAAUUGUUGAUCUCUUUCUGGAGACCCUAGACAAUGAACAAAAUGCUGAGGUCAGAAAGACAAUUGUAUUGUCUCUUCCACCAUCAAAUGCUACAUUGGAGAGUGUUAUUGAAUCAACACUUGACGUUAGUGAAUCAGUUAGAAGAGCAGCAUAUUCUGUGCUGUCAACUAAAUUUCCUCUGCAGAGCCUUAGCAUCAAGCAAAGGACUACUCUCCUUCACAGGGGCCUCUCUGAUAGGUCUGCUUCAGUAAACAAUGGGUGCCUGAAGAUGCUGAAGGAUGAGUGGCUUGUUAAGUACUGUGGAGGAGAUGCAAUUGCCCUUCUCAGGUUUCUUGAUGUUGAGACAUACGAAUCGGUCGGGGAAUCUGUGAUGGCAGUGCUUCUGAAAGAGGGUGCUUUGCGAGUGCAAGAUGGGCAGAGUAUUAGGCAGUACUUCACUGCAAAUGGUGAGAAUGAAGAAGAACAACUUUCCAAUAUUCAACUCAUGGAUGCUGAGGUUGCUCUUUACUGGAAAAUAAUGUGCAAGCAUUUGCAAGCUGAAGCUCAGGUCAAAGGCUCAGAGGCUGCAACAACUACAGGUGCAGAAGCAGCAGUAUAUGCUUCUGAGGCUUCUGAUAAGAAUGAUCUUCUAGACAAUAUCCUUCCUAGCACAAUUACUGAUUAUGUUGAUUUGGUAAAAGCACACCUUUCUGCUGGACCAAAUUAUCAGUUUGCAUCAAGGCAACUAUUGUUGCUUGGUGAAAUGCUGGAGUUUUCUGAUACAAUGAACCGAAAGAUUGCCAGUUCUUUUCUUCAUGAGCUUCUGGUCAGGCCUCUUGAACAUGAAGUUGAUGAUGAUGGGAACCAGAUUGCAAUUGGAGACGGUGUGAGUCUUGGAGGAGACAAAGAGUGGGCAAAAGCAGUGGCAGAGUUGGCCAAAAAGGUUCAUUCUUCUGUCGGUGAAUUUGAAAUGGUGGUUUCCACUGUUGUUGAAGAGCUGGCUAGACCUUGCAGGGAGAGAACAGCAGACUUCAUGCAGUGGAUGCAUUGUCUUGCUGUGACAGGUCUUCUUCUUGAGAAUACUUCUACCCUACGGAAUCUGCAGGUUACGGCAAUUGAUCCUUCAGAACUGCUUCACUCUUUGUUGAUUCCUGCUGCAAAGCAAAAUCAUGUUGAUGUACAAAGGGCCACUUUAAGAUGCCUUUGUCUUCUCGGAUUGUUAGAGAGUAGACCUAAUGCAGAGUUGGUGAAGCAGCUGCGCUUAUCUUUCAUCAAUGGACCUGACCUGGUUAGUGCCAUGGCAUGCAAGGCCUUGAUUGAUCUUGUAACUUGGCAUGGUCCACAAGAAAUAGAUCGGGCCAUUGGAAUUGAAUUGCCAGAUCCUAGCUAUGAAAAGUCUCAGUUCGCUCAAGUUGAUCUUUCUGAUAUGGAUGGUGAUGAUCUAAACAUUAGCGUUCUUGACAUUCUAUUUUCUGGUUUCCAUAAAGAUGACUGGGAAUUCAGCCUCGAGGGUGAUAACCAUGAUAAUGUCCCAACCAUACUAGGUGAAGGUUUUGCUAAAAUUCUUCUUCUUAGUGAGAAUUUUCCAAGCAUACCUUCUGAUCUGCAUACUGUUAUUUUAUCUCAACUCAUUAGAUUGUAUUUCUCGGAGGAAACUAAAGAACUUGAAAGGUUGAAACAAUGUCUGUCUGUGUUCUUUCAGCACUAUCCUGCACUUUCAGACAAACACAAGAGUUCUGUCUCCAGUGCUUUUGUACCAGCCAUGAAGGCCAUGUGGCCUGGUUUAUAUGGUAAUUCUGGGGGUAGUUCGCAUGUUAUUUCAAAGAAGCGGAAACUUGCAGUCCAAGCUUCUCGUUUUAUGGUGCAAAUGGUGCAAACCCAAUUACUCUCAACAGAAAGUACGGACCAAGCUUCUAAGAGUCCUGAAAGUGCUUCACGUUCAGCUGAUGUUUCAAGCAAUUUUGACGUCGGCGAGGAAGGGCUUGCUAUCCGUAUAGCAGCAGAGGUAGCCAGUUGCCCAGAUAAGAAGACCGCAGCUGGGAAAGCAUAUGCUUUGGCAUUGUGCAAGGUUGCUGUGCUUCUAAGAUUUCGGCAAUCAGAACAGAAGGCCAUCAAGUGCAUGAGAGGCCUGGUUAAUUCAUUGGCUGCUUCAGUGGCUUCUGAUAAGGAGCUCAUGAAGGAGCUAGCUCAAAUGGCAGCACGGCUUAGAUCGCUUGAUGCCUCCCCAGAUGAAGAAUUGCCAAAAGAUGAAGCUGAGGCCAUAUUCAAGAAACUAGGAUUAGAUGGCAGCUUCAAGUUGGACACCAAUCAAGCAGUGCCUCCAACACCAGCAGCACGGUCAGUCCGGCCUCCGGCUCCCUCCAGGAGAAGGGCAAGACGGGCACCAUCCUCUAGCGAUGAAAGUGACACGGAUGGUGAAGUUAACUUGCCUGCAGCAUCGGUGAGCAGGGUUCCAACCACUCCCAGCAUGACAGCUACACGUUCCCAGAGAGCAAGCAAGACUGCCGCUUUGAGCAAGAUGUCAGCGAAGCCUGCUCCCGUUGCUGCUUCCAGCGAUGAAUCGGACGACCAGUCUGAUGUGACGAGUGACGAGGAUUCCUGCGAGGAAUCGUCGUAGAUGGUUGUCUCAGGAGCCGAAGCUUCGGUUCUUGACCGGAAGAACCCAGCAGUGGCUAUUUCUAGUAGGGUGGUGAUGUAUUGUAAUCUCAUUAUGUAUGACAUUGUGACUUGUGCUAGUAAUCACCAUAUAAUUAUGCAAUUGACAUUUUCAUUAUUUGAGCUA